GCCCGCACCCGCACCAUGUACGCCGGCGCCAUGUACGCCGGCCACUACCAGACGCCGGCCGCCUACAUGCCGCCCAACGUGCAGCUGCCGGCCGAGUACAUGGGCGCGGCGGCGGCGGCGGCCGCCGCCGGCCUGCAGCAGUCGGCGCCGCUCGACCCCAUGGCGGGCGUCCAGCCGAAGCGACCCAGGUCCGAUGAGGAGGACGGCACGCCCAAGUACGGCCGCAUGGAGGACGACGGCAGCCAGGAGAAGGAGCGCUACGCCAAGGAGAACCACUGCGAGAUCGAGCGGCGGCGCCGCAACAAGAUGACCGCCUACAUUUCCGAGCUGUCCGACAUGGUGCCCACCUGCUCGGCGCUCGCCCGCAAGCCCGACAAGCUUACCAUACUGCGUAUGGCUGUGGCGCACAUGAAGAACCUCAGAGGCACCGGCAACACCAACGCCGACGGCGCCUACAAGCCGUCGUUCCUGACCGACCAGGAGCUGAAGCACCUGAUCCUGGAGGCGGCCGACGGCUUCCUGUUCGUGGUGGCCUGCGACACGGGCCGCAUCAUCUACGUCUCGGACUCGGUCACGCCCGUGCUCAACCAGAGCCAGGCCGACUGGUUCGGCGCCACCAUCUUCGACAUGCUGCACCACGAGGACGUGGAGAAGGUGCGCGAGCAGCUGAGCACCCAGGACACGCAAGGCAGCGGCCGGAUACUGGACCUGAAGACCGGCACCGUCAAGAAGGAGGGACACCAGUCGACGAUGCGGCUCUGCAUGGGCUCGAGGCGGGGCUUCAUCACGCGCAUGAAGAUCGGCAACGUGCAGCCGGACAACAUGAUGUCGGCCCACCUGAACCGGCUGCGCGGCCGCAACUCGCUGGGCGCCGGCGCCGACGGCAACAACUACGCCGUCGUCCACUGCACCGGCUACAUCAAGAACUGGCCGCCCACCGGUAUCCAACUGGAGCGGGUGGACGACGAGGUGAUGGGCAGCUCGCACUGCUGCAUGGUUGCCAUUGGCCGACUCCAGAUCACCUCGGUGCCCAGCGCCAGCGAGCUCACCAACGCCAGCAACAGCAACGAGUUCGUCAGCCGUCACGGUAUGGACGGCAAGUUCUCGUUCGUCGACCAGCGCUGCCUCAACCUGGUGGGCUACACGCCGCCCGAGCUGCUUGGCAAGCUCUGUUUCGACUUCAUCCACCCUGAGGAGCUGGCCAACGUUAAGGAGAACUUCGAGCAGGUGAUAAAGAUGAAGGGCCAAGUGAUGAGCAUUAUGUACCGGUUCCGGUCGAAGAGCCGCGAGUGGGUCUGGCUGCGCACGUCCGCCUUCGCCUUCCUCAACCCGUACACGGACGACAUCGAGUACAUCGUGUGCACCAACACGUCCGUGAAGGCGGUGGGCGGCGGCGGCGCGACGGCCGGCGCCGAGCCCGAGCACGCGGCCGACCCGUACGGCCACCCGCCGGGGCUGGACUACUCGAUGCACCGGUACCAGCACAUGGCACACGUGCAGUCGGCGCAGCGUCCGAGCAGCACGCAGACGGCGUACAGCUACGACGCCACGCAGAGCCCGCUGGGCUACUCGCCGGUGCCGGCCGGCGCCCCCGGCGCGCCCGGCCAGCCGCAGCAGGAGAUCUCCGACAUGCUCCAGAUGCUCGACCAGCCGGCCGCCGGCUUCGAGGAUCUCAACAUGUUCAACUCGACCUUCGAGUGAGCACCCGCGACCCCGCGAGGGGACGCGCGCGUCGGCCACCCCGGCCGCGGCCUCGCAUAUCAGUGACGAGCGGCCGGCGACGGCGGCGCGGGCCCCAAACAAAUAUCUCAUGCAUUUCAUACUACUUAAUAGAGGUCAGAUGCCUAGGUACUAACCGGAAAGCAAGUGUUUUUGUAUGGCAAAGUGUAUUGUUUGGUCCCAGAUGCCAAACAUGCCCACGUGUCACAAAGUUUUAAAUAUGCAUGUGUUGCGCGUUCGUGCAAAUGCGUAUGUACGCGCGUAUGUCUGCAUAGCUAGGUAAUUCUUACUCCAGUAAGACGUGUUUUGACAAACUGUGACAUUUCUUAAGGGAGGCCCUACGGCACAUUUUUAGAAACCAUUGGUUGAAGGUGAAAUUGAAUGAAUCUCAUCGACGAACAAACGCCUGUGUAGCAUGUAGAAGCACCAUGUGAGUUUAGGCUGGUGUACAGCUAUUCCCAUCCUGUUGCGACCUUUUUGGGCCGCUUAUCUAGGAAGAUUGAAAUUCCGCAACCAAGUUGCCCUACUUAUGAUUUGUUUUUGUUACGUCUGCGCCGUGUUUAUAGUUAUCUAUUUUUGACGGCGUUCCUCUGGAGGGGGUUGGACUCUGAGCGGCUCGUGCGCAGCUCGUGUCGACCCCCCGUCAGCUAUCCUCCGUCUCCGGAGCACCCUGCGACGCGGCGGCGUCACCUGGACACAGUGCCCGCGUACUGGAAUACAUACACUAGGUGUCAGC